ACAUGUGGAUUGGAAAUGGUUAACGGGACGGCGCGGAGGUCGGUAGUGACGUCACCGUCCGGUUUCUACUGUCCGGCCCGCAGUUUGUUCAGAGGAGGACAAAAUAUCCACCAGACCUACCCGGCUCCUGUCCAUUUUCCUCGACUGAUCUCCUCUCGGAUAAACGACGCAGAAAGAAAAAUGGGCAACUGUCAACCCACCGUGUUUCCUUACGAGGAUUUCGACGUGAUGGCCGACAUCAAGGCCAUCCGCAAAGCCUGCAAAGGGCUCGGAACGGACGAGCAGGCCAUCAUCGACAUCCUGGCGAACCGCAGUUCGGCUCAGCGCCAAGAGAUAAAACAGGCCUAUUUUGAAAAAUACGACGACGAGCUGGUGGACGUGCUGAAGAAGGAGCUGUCGGGUAACUUUGAGAAGGCCAUCCUCGCCAUGCUGGACCCGCCCGUCAUCUACGCCGUGAAGGAGCUGAGGAAGGCCAUGAAGGGAGCGGGCACCGACGAGGACGUCCUGGUGGAGAUCCUCUGCACCUCCACCAACGCCGACAUUGCCCUGUUCAAGGAGUGCUACUUUCAAGUGCACGAACGUGAUCUGGAGGCCGAUAUCGAGGGCGAUACCAGCGGAGAUGUCCGAAACCUUCUCAUGCUGCUGAUGCAAGGCAACAGAGACGAGACUUACGAGGUGGACGAAGACCUGGCAGAGCAAGAUGCCACUGCGCUGUUUGAGGCCGGCGAGGGCCGAUUCGGGACGGAUGAAUCCACCUUCAGCCACGUCCUGGCCUCCAGAAAUUACCUGCAGCUGCAGGCCACCUUCAAGAUAUACGAGCAGCUCUCCGGAACCGAAAUCCUUGAUGCCAUCGAGAACGAGACGUCUGGGACGCUGAAAAAAUGCUACAUCGCUCUCGUGAGAGUCGCUAAGAACCCACAGCUCUACUUCGCCAGGCGUCUGAACAAAGCGAUGAAGGGAGCAGGCACAGACGAGGACACCCUGAUUCGCAUCAUUGUUUGCCGCUCUGAGUUCGAUUUGGAGACCAUCAAAGACAUGUACCUGGAGAAGUACGACGUGUCUCUGAAGGACGCCCUGAGGGACGAGUGCAGCGGCGACUUCAAGCGUCUCCUCCUGGCGAUCUGCCACUGAGAGCUGGAGAGGUUUCCUUUCUAACUAACUAACAGUGCUCAGUAUGACAUAAUGUAGGGAGCAGGAGGUUGGAGGAGUGUGAUGGAUCCUUAACUCGUCUCGUGUCUUGUCCAAACUGUGAUUGUAAGUGUCUCACCAUAUAUAUAUUUUUUAAUUUUCUUCAGACAUUGAGCUUGAUUCCCUCCAACCGGACUCAUCAGUGAGUCAAACUAAGUCAGUCGAUUACUGCUCAUUUAUAUUAACUACUUUCAGACUAAAGAACCAAUAUGUUUUUGAUGCUCAAUCGUUUUUGGAUCAUUAACAGUGAAUAAAAUGGAAGGAAGUGGUCCAGUGCUGAGCGAGAACAUGAAAACUGACAUGACUGUAAUGUGAUCACGUGGGUCACACGGGAGCCGGGUUUUUAAUUCUUUCGUAAAUGUGAUCGAGAGCCGUGAGGGGAAGGGUGGAGGUGCGUUACGCGGCUGGAGUAGGGUCAGCUGAACACACAAAACCGAGAGGAGAUCAGACACCACAACUGUUAACCUCGAGAAAAAUGCUGCUCCGAGAUCAGAGAGAUGCCGGUCGUGAUAUUAGCUCAAGUUAUUUUGUUGGCGGCGUGAUAUCAGACACAUCUUUCUGUGUGGACUUUGCAUCUUCUCUUGGCAUUUCCUCAAGUGCUCUGACUUCCUCCCACACACCAAAGUCGUGUAAGGUUAAAUCCAAAUCGUCUUGUACCUGUCCAAAGACUACCACACUCUGCUGCCGAGCACUAACUGGGUUCAGCCCCCUGCUGCCGUGUCCGAUAGAUAAUAGAUGGAUGGAUUUUGUUGACCUGGUACCAGUACACACUUUAAGUCUGCGGCCAAAACAAGCACAAACGCACCAUCUGAUUCACACUGCAGUUGUCUCACGGUUACAGUUAAUAGCGUUCUUGCUCUGUAUUUGAUCAGCUCCAAACAUUUUUUCUCCUAUUAAUCUUUUAAUCUGAAAAAAUAAUAAAAAUAAGCUCCAGGUUUAAAGAAAACAACCACCAAAACUGUCCUGUCAUCGCAAACUGUCAUCACACCGAAGCAAUUUGGCGUGAUCAUGCGGUUCAAAGCUUGAUUGGAUAACGGCAUUACGACCAUAAGACGUCUCUUAGCUUUAGGACGUCCUCCUGCUGCAAUUCAUCGACCUUUUCACCCUCCAUGCCUCAGUUCAGUGACUGUUAUGCCUCACUGCUGUUUCACACUAAUGCAAUCACACCGUACGGCUUGAAGUUUGUGAUUUUUAACGAGGGAAUGUGAACGUUUGACCUGAAGGAAUCUUCGCUGGCGCCAUGAAGGAUAUGCAAUGUGAUGUGAAUGGAUUCACAAAAAGAGAUUCUAUAUUUUAUCAGUUGCUUAUCGAAUUAAACGAUAUAUUGAUUUACAAUAUAUUUGCCUUUUUUUAUCCUAUACAACUUAAAAGAAAACCUCGACAAAUUGGAAUACACCUCACCUUGAUAUAUAUGUAUUUUGUAUUGACUAACAUAGAAGAGUGUUUAAUAUAUUAAAGCAUUAUUUUCGUUUUAGAUAGCUCGUAGAAAAAAGGAACCUGAUAAUGAUGUUUAGGCGAGCUGAGCAAUUUAACAUCUGGACCUCCAGAUGUGUGGGUCAUUCAUGUGUCUACUCGUGGCAGCUGAGAUUUGUUUUUUAAACUCCCACUAAGCUGAGUAAUCAGCUGUUUGCCUCUCUGUAGCCAAAGAGUUUUAAUCUAAGCGCUAAUAAAGUUUCAUGUAACAUCA